AACAAGCAUUCACUUCCUUUUUCAACUCAAAUCAAAAUUUUCACUUUCUAUCAACUUGCAAGUUGCAACUCUUUGUUUCGUUGCCGCCACAGUUUAAUGGCGUUGGCAGAUUUACACACCAAAAUUGACCUUCAAAAUUCUUCACAACUCUCCUCUUUGUCAACCCGGCUUUCUUAUAACCGCCGUAUCAGUCUUAGGCCGCUCCCUCAGCCCCAUAAUUCAAGAAUAUGCUGCUCUGUAACCUCAAAGGAAGUUCAAGCACCAGUGACUGUAAACACUGAGGAACCCAAGAAGAAACCUGAUUGCUAUGGAAUCUUUUGUCUUACUUAUGAUCUCAUGGCUGGAGAGGAGACAAAGUCUUGGAAGAAACUGAUUAAUAUUGCUAUCUCGGGUGCAGCCGGAAUGAUUUCCAAUCAUCUCCUUUUCAAGCUAGCUUCUGGUGAGGUGUUUGGGCCAGAUCAACCUAUUGCGUUAAAACUAUUGGGGUCAGAGCGAUCAUUCGAAGCUCUCGAAGGUGUAGCAAUGGAACUUGAGGAUUCCUUGUUUCCUCUGUUGAGGGAAGUGAGUAUCGGCAUCGAUGCUUAUGAAGUGUUCCAAGAUGCAGAUUGGGCACUUCUGAUUGGAGCAAAACCUCGUGGCCCUGGAAUGGAACGGGCUGACUUAUUAGACAUAAACGGGCAAAUCUUUGCGGAGCAGGGAAAAGCUCUCAAUGCUGUUGCGUCCCGGAAUGUCAAAGUUAUAGUGGUGGGGAAUCCAUGCAAUACAAAUGCAUUGAUCUGUCUGAAAAAUGCUCCAGAUAUUCCUGCAAAAAAUUUCCACGCUUUGACUAGAUUAGAUGAGAAUAGAGCAAAAUGUCAGCUGGCUCUAAAAGCAGGAGUUUUCUAUGAUAAAGUAUCCAAUGUUACAAUUUGGGGGAACCACUCGACCACUCAGGUUCCGGACUUCUUAAAUGCUAAAAUCAACGGCAUACCCGUCAAAGAGGUUAUCAAAGAUACUAAAUGGUUAGAAGAAGAGUUCACGGAAAUGGUUCAGAAGAGAGGUGGUGUUCUUAUUAAGAAAUGGGGACGAUCUUCCGCUGCAUCAACUGCUGUGUCAGUUGUGGAUGCCAUAAGGUCUCUUGUAACUCCUACGCCUGAGGGAGAUUGGAUUUCUUCUGGAGUAUACACUGCCGGAAAUCCUUAUGGGAUAGCAGAGGAUAUUGUUUUCAGUAUGCCAUGCAGGUCAAAAGGAGAUGGUGAUUAUGAACUUGUUAAGGACGUAAUUAUUGACGACUACCUUCGCAGCCGAAUUAAAAUGACAGAAGCCGAACUGCUGGCUGAGAAGAGAUGUGUAGCCCAUCUUACAGGCGAGGGUAUUGCUGUAUGUGAUCUUCCUGGCGAUACAAUGCUCCCGGGAGAAAUGUGAAGCCACUAAACAAGGCGUUUUCAAGAAUCCGGCAAGUACAACAGAGCUCCUGGCUUCACUCGACGGAAUGGAAUUAAAAUCUUUUGAUCAUAUAGAAGAGUUAGUAGUAGACCAAUAAUUUAUCAAAACUUUUCUAGUUCGUCCCAACAUUCCAAUACAGCUUCACUUCACAAGUUUCAUGCUAUUGUAAAUAAAGUCCAAAUCGCUAUUUUUGAAAGCAAUUAUAAACAGAAAAAUGAACAAAGCAUACGCACAAUUUGAAGUGGUUCAUGGUGA